AUGGAACUGCUGAUCAACGCUGCCAAGGAUGAGCAAAAGGUUGCAGCCUUGAACGACUUGUCCAAGAUCGCAACGAUGCGUGCUGUCUCUCAGACUUCUCCAAACCGUCUGGCUGAGGCUCUCUUAUCUCCUCACAUGUUGAUUGAAAUGCUUGACCUGUUCGGUCAUGAGUUUCUUCCUGUCUUCGAAGACCAACUCAAACCUCAUGGCGCUCUGGGUACUGCGGAUUCGAAGGCUAAGCGCCCUCUUAACGCCUUCAUGGCCUUUCGCACCUACUAUCUGAAGCUAUUCCCCGACACCCAGCAGAAGAAUGCCUCCGGUUUCCUGACUCAGCUCUGGGGCGGCGACCCUCACCGAAACAAAUGGGCCCUGAUUGCUAAAGUCUAUUCCUUUCUCCGCGAUCAACUCGGCAAGAGUACCGUUAACUUGUCCGCAUUCCUUGGUAUCGCUUGCCCUUUGAUGAACAUGGUUGAACCCUCCUUGUAUAUUGAGGUCCUUGGCUGGCAGCAAAUUGCUUCUCAAGGCAUCGUGACAUUUCAGCAAAACACUGAUGUCAUGAAGGCGAACCUGGCAUGCCCUGUCAAUGCCCAACCCACCACCGAGAUCGAUCUUCUCACCAGCGUCCUGUCUGCUGGUUACUACACGGACUUCUCUCAGGUUCUCCUGAUGCGCAUGUGGGCUUGCCAGAAUGGCAUCAUGACCACUACCAGUGCUACUGCUGGUAACAGUGUCGCCACUACUCAACCGCUCUACGAGUCUGUUCCAACAACCUCCGAAAAAACCAGUUUCAUCAACGCAGUUCGCGAGAGCCGCAACCUUGCUGCUCAGGAUCUUUUUGGUGCCCAAUACGACGCCGCCUUGUUCGGAAAUCGUUUCGUUCAUUCAUGGGAAGUGCAGGACCUCGCUUCGUUCCAGAAUGUUCAGAUUUCUGUGGCAGACUCGCCUAUGGAGAGCAACACUCUCUACAACUUCCACAUGGAUCGGCACUACCGCCCUCAGGCUUCUGAGUUCGACCUCUACGAUGUCAUCGACACAGGCAUCAUUGACAUCUCCAGCGCCUGGUCUAUUGACCAGUACCUGCAUGAGAAGCAAUCCAAGAUGCAUCAGCAGUGUCAGUACUUCCUGUCCAAAAACUCCGAUUAUUACUGA